UAUUUGCUCGUGAAGCUACCAGCUGCCAUUUUGACAGGGCAUUGCGCCUGCGUGGUUCUGCGUGUCUGACCUUCAGAGGACUGAACAUGUUUUCCAGAAGCAGCGCCUUGAUCUUCUUUCCACAAUGUGGACAGGUCAGGAACAUGGCGACCCUGAAGGACAUCACCAUACGACUCAAGUCCAUCAAGAACAUCCAGAAGAUCACCAAGUCCAUGAAGAUGGUGGCCGCGGCCAAAUAUGCCAGAGCUGAGCGCCAGUUGAAGCCAGCCCGCAUUUAUGGAAACGGAGCUCUGGCUCUUUACGAGAAGGCCGACAUCAAAGCUCCAGAGGAGAAGAGCUCCAAACACCUGAUCAUCGGAGUCACCUCCGACCGUGGCCUGUGUGGAGCCAUCCACUCUGGAGUGGCCAAGACCAUCAAGAGUGAGAUCUCCGCCCUGAGCAGCGCCGGGAAGGAGGUGAUGGUGGUGAAUGUGGGGGACAAGCUCCGAGGUAUCCUGCAUCGAACCCAUGGUAAGCACAUCAUGCUAAACUGCAAAGAAGUUGGACGCAAACCUCCGACCUUCAGCGAUGCUUCGUUGGUGGCCUCGGAGCUGCUGAACUCUGGCUACGACUUUGACCAGGGCUCCGUCAUCUUCAACAGAUUCAGGUCUGUCAUCUCUUACAAGACGGACAAGAGGCCACUGUUCUCCAAUGACAUCGUGGCCAACUCUGAGACCAUGGGCGUCUACGACGACAUUGAUGCUGAGGUCCUGAGGAACUACCAGGAGUUUACUCUGGUCAACAUCAUCUACCUGGCCCUGAGGGAGUCUUCAGCCAGUGAGCAGAGCGCCAGGAUGACCGCCAUGGACAGUGCCAGCAAGAACGCCUCUGAGAUGAUCGACAAACUGACGCUGACCUUCAACAGAACCAGACAGGCCGUCAUCACCAAGGAGCUGAUAGAGAUCAUCUCUGGAGCUGCUGCAGUCUAUAAACGACGGCUCCAGAAUCAACUUCUUCAACAGCUUCCCUCACACACACUGUGUGUGUGUGUGUGUGUGUGUCGUAGUGUUUGAGCUGCUCAGCUCCUCCUUCUGUCUGUAACAUAUUGACAAUUAAAAAUAAAGAAAUAAAUGAAUGAAGAA